UGUCCUUGGACUUGGACGGACGGACUUCGAAGUCCGCGGUCUCGUUUGUCCCGCAGACACAGGCGAACGCGCAGCCAUUCCGUCGGCGUUCAUUCUCUGAGCGAGUGUCGGAAAGAACUGGAUGGCGGUGAGAGCAGAAAUAUCCGGCGGCGGUUUCGCGUCGCUUCCUCCACUUAUAGCUGCCCAGCUCAAUUACCUCCUUACCUACUCCCCUCUUCCCUUCAAGGUUCAUCAAAUAUGGUCUGGUUGUAAAUAUCCUCGCUAUUCAGAUCGGUUUACUUUACUGGUUCCAUAUUGCUUAGAUUAUGUCAAAUGGGAUAUAAUAUACAAUGCACAGUAUCCGAUGGCAGCACCUGAUGUUAUAUUUCCUUUAGAAGCGGAAGACUUUCAUCCUCUUGAGUUAGUUUCUGGACAGCAAGAGAUUGAGAAGGCAAAGAGUAGUCUACAUGACUGGAACAUCAAUGAUCCAACAAAACUUUUAUCUCUUGUCUAUGAGCUGAGGAACAUGUACAUGCGCUACCAGAAGAAGCGCAUAGGAGAGCUGGAUGAUGCAAGAAUAAAGUUUGAAAUUAGUACUAUUCUGUCUAGGGAGGGUCUUGAGAUGUCAAUAGUUUCUGGCAAUGGUAGGCCUGAUGAAGUGAAGUUUGCAGUCCCUUUACUGGAUAUAGAUUUGAACAAACUUGUGAAUGGGUGUCCUUGGAAGCAUCAACAAAAGAUACAUUUGCAGGUGAUAUUUCCAGUUAGUCAAAAGUAUGUUUCAGCUCCUUCUGCUCCACGUGUGAAAUUGGUCUCCUCACCAGAGCUGAAGGCAUUGUUGUCCGUUGAAGAUGUCAAGCUUCCAGUUUGGCUAGAUGGCAUGUGUAUGGCUGAAUAUCUUCCUGCAUUAGAAGAUAAUCUAAAGAUGCAGGUUGUGGAGGCCGUGACAUCAAUUGGUGCAAGGAGGCGCUUCAUUGAAGCUUUGGCUCCUUUAUUUGGUAGGCCAUUGGAGGCUGAUCCGGUGUUCUGCAGGAGAGCCACAGUUCUUUCGGUUUCUGGUUCUUUUACCUUUCUGGUCUAUUUUUACCUUGCAUGCCAGUUCCCUAAGCAGCAACCUGUGUUAGUCUUGCAAAGUUGUCAGCAUUUUGACUCACAAGGUGCUCCGGUGACCUCGCCUCAUUUGACUGACUAUCCCUGGAGUCCCAGAUGGGAUCCGUCGCAGAUGGUUGAGCGUAUAUUUGAAUUCAUGACGGAAGAAUGCCUCAACUUUAAAACAUACUGCAACGAUUCACUUCAACAGCAAUAGGUAUGAACCUUGAAAAUGUAAAGCUGGAGUUGUCCUCAGGUUGCUGCUUUCUCAAGUGUGUACUUCACUAAGUGUUGUGUAUAUUUUGUCGAACAUUCACCGAUCAAUCUUCUGCUGCUGUAGCUUUUUCAGAUGCAGCUGGAUCUGGGUUAGGGGUUUGAUUAGAAAAUUGUUUGUUGAACCGCAUCUGCUAUCUGUGUUCCCUUUUUUAUACUGGCACUUCGGUUUCCCGUUCUAGCUGAUAUUCAAUCAAUGUCUUGAUAUCAUCCAUGAACGACUGGCUCAGCCACCUUGGCAAACCUAAAGGCUUUUACUCUUUUA